UUCUCCUGUCUUGAUCAGUUUACCAUUGUUGAAGUUCCUAUUAGAAAAGUUAUUUGCUGCCACCUAUCUUGUACUAUUAGAGUAUGCUUUUGAAGUCGCAGAGUUUGUGAUUAGAUGAGCACUUAUUACCAAGCCUAUAGGGUAACUGUGAAAGGUUAUUCAUUUCUAUUCCCGUUUGGUAUUUUCGCUGUUCUCUUAUAUUUGUUAGUUAGAUAAAAGUGUACUCUAUGCUGCUGGGAAAUUGUUUUACUGUUUAUAACGUCAGGUGUUGCGACAUCACAGGUUGGGUUAAUCGGUUUGCCAAUGCUGGUGAUGCGGCAAUGGAGGUGGCGGAAACUACAGCGACAAAGUUUAGACAAGCCAAAGAAGAAAUUCUAAAUGCCGGCAAGGUGGCCUACAGAUUCUUCACUGGUUCAUCCUCAAACACUACACCAGUGACAGAAGAGAACCCUAGCAAUUCAAAUAGCACGGACCCACUUUUCGCUGGUACGUGGUUCAAAAAUCUCAUUAAUGCCGGCGACAAGCCGCCAAAUAGUAUCGUAGGGUCCCCAGAAGAUUCCGAUUAUGAAGAAUCCGAAGAUGAAGAAGAAACACCAGAGGAGCAGAAUCUCAUCGAACAAGCACAAAUCGGAACGAAGCACGAAUUCCGAGAUUCAUCAGCUCUGUGAUUUGCGUGAGUAGUGAUUUUAGUACUAAUCAAACCAAGUAUUAAUGACUUGAACAGAGUGAGUACAAAUGUAAUUUGAGAAAUGCUGAAGCUCAAAGUUAUUAAUACCGGCGAGCUGGUUCGACAUAUGUUCAUUUAUUUUCUCAAUAAUCUUUCUAUGUGGGACUAACAGGGUUACGACGGAUAAGCACGAACGAGAUACAGCGAAUCGAACGCUGCGAUGCUCUUUUCGGGGCUUCCUUCGACAAACCAUUCCCAGGAGCAGAAUCAAUUUUCUCUCAUGUUGGUGAUGGUGCUUAAUUUUCUUGUUUUUGUAUUAAUUUUGUUCUUAAGAUGAUAUUUAUGAGGGGGGGGGAGUAUUUUUUUUGUUUGGAUUGCUAAUGUUGUUGGCUUUGGGCAUUACCUGGAAGAGUUGUGUUUGAGAGGAGCUGAGAUGUAAAACCUUGUAAAAAGGAUAAUUGAACAUUAUUUAUUUUUCUCUCAUAGCAAGUUUGAGCUC